AUGGUUAACCCUCCGGCCAGGUUGAUUGGCGUCUUCAAACUGAGUCCCCAAAUGACAACCGCCCAGGCUCCGAAAAGGCCAUGCGUCGCCCCUCCAGGAUCCAGGCUCGAAGCCGCCCUCAAGAAGUACCUCUCCUUGCACAAAGAGUACAGCGACCUUCAAGCCCACUGGACGGACCUCCGCCUUAUCCACGAGCGCCUGCACAAGGAAUACGAUUUCCGCCUCGACCCCAGCCUUGCCGUGAGCAUCGACGACCCCUCGGCCAACCUCGACCCGCGACACCUCCCCUCUCUUUUGGAGGACUAUGCCUCAAGAGCGGAGAACCUCCUCGAUAGGGUUGUCGCGAGCGCUGAGGCCGCGAACGACGUGAACGAUCGCUGCAUGGAGAUCCUGGGGGAGUUGGAGAAGGCGAAGGAGGAGUGGGUGGCGCUGGGGGGGAAGUUUGAAGAGUGA